UCCUUCGAGCAUGGUGCGUCUACUUUGAAACAAUCUCGACAAAAUUCGUGAGUACCUCAAAUUGAAAAUGUCAAGAUCACGACGGACGUGCGUUUCAUCACUUGAGAAGUCGUUUCCACAGUUAAGUAGUGGACAAACGGUUUGGUUGUUUCAAAUUUUCUUUCUCUUGUCGACUCUGAUAGUUCAGAGCCAACAGCAAUUCGAACUCACACUAGUCCCGAGCGGUGAUGAACAGGUGGUCGAAGCCGGUUCAACUGUAACAGUCACCUGUGUAUUGGACGAUUACGUAAUUUUUCCCGAGCUGUCAAACUUGACGUGGACGGCUGAAAACAGAAGAAACAUACAGGAUAUUGGCGGACGCCUGAAUUUGACUAGUAACACAAACGGCACCCACCUAAUAUCAAUACUAACGUUAAGAAACGCAACAGCUGAAGACACAGGCUAUUUCGAAUGUAGCCAUUUAGUAUACUCCAGAAGAACAGUUUCGUCCCUCCAAUACGUUUACGUUUACAGCUAUGAACAUCUGGUCUUUGCACAAGUCCAAGAAGAUCAAGAACUACCGAGUUAUUUCAUCGCCGAAACAGGACAAGCUUUCACCGUCCCGUGCAAACCCACUCAUCCGAACGUCACCGUCACUCUAUUUAAGGGAAAUCCAUUCACCAAUUUUUCUGAGGUUUGGUUAUCCCAAAACAAUUCGGUGUGGUCGUUUGAACCGACGAGAGGAUUCACAAUAAAGAACAUCAGGGUUAAUCUACAUGAAGAUACUAUUUACGUUUGUACUGGAACGCUGGACGUCAUCAAAGGAAAACGAGUCAAAAUUUCCGAAAAAAGAAUUGACGAUGACUUCCAAAAUUUUUUAAAAGGGUUUUUACCGAAAGAUAAGCUGCCAAUUACAGACUUUGCACCCUUCCUUUUAGGCGUAAUAGGAAUGGAACUGGAAAGGGUCGGCGAACCAAACGAUCCCGUAGAAGGAAGUAACGUCACUUUAAUCUGCAGCAUUUCAGCUUUAGAAAGAACCCCUAUUUCAAUGUGGUCCUAUCAAAUCAAAGGCAACGGAGGAAUGCAAAUCAUUGAUGACAAAAACCCACCACCAGGUAUCCUCACUACGGAAAAGAAUAAUUUUGGUGAAACUUAUACGUAUAGAGUUGAAAAACGACUGUACCUGCACAACGUUAACCUUGGCACACCCUACACAAGAUUCCAAUGUUCAGUAAACAAUAGGAGGAGGGAUCGAAAAGAGAUUUCUUUCACAAUAAAAGAAAUUAACAACGAACCGGUAAACAAUUCUAUCGCAUUCGAAAGCGAAACAGCCCAGAAUUUGACCUGCAACCGAUUAUCGCAACACGUCAACGUUCAAUGGUUCAAGGAUGACACCGAGUAUACGGGCAAAGUAAAAGGAACGGAAAUUACGUCCGUCUUGCCCCUGGAAGGAAAAGAAAAUGAAAGCGGAACCUACGAAUGUCGAUGGAACAAUAGUCGUGGCGAAGCGAGGCACAGGCGGUUUAUUGUCAGUUUCACUGAAGCAAAGUCAUUUGCUACAGUCAACGCUAUUUCAAUCACUUUUGCAGUUUUAUUUGCAAUUGGAGUUGGAAUCAGUAUCAAAAUUUACCUCGACAAGAAAAAGUUGGAAAAAGCUCGUGAAAUAAGACUGGAUGGCGACCCAGGCAGAAUCGACCCUGAUGUACCGUUGGAAUAUCAAACGGAAUUCCUGCCCUACGACAAGAAAUGGGAAUUCCCAAGGAAAAGACUUAGACUCGGCCAACAACUGGGAGCUGGUUGUUUCGGGCGAGUCGUCAAAGCGGAAGCCGUGGGCAUUGGAGGAACUGAAACGGUGACCACAGUGGCCGUCAAAAUGGUUAAAGCAACUGCCCAGUCUGAUGACGCAUUGGCCGCUCUCAUCAGAGAAUUAAAAAUUCUGAUCUACAUGGGAUCGCACGUUAACGUCGUUAAUUUACUAGGGGCCUGCACCAAAACUAAUGUCAGAGAAGAACUUUUGGUCAUCAUCGAUUAUUGUCGUUUCGGCAACAUAAAAAAUUAUUUGAUACAAAAUCGGGACCAAUUCAUCAAUAAAUUGAACGAAUUAGGUGACUUGCCGUCACUUACCGAAGCGGCGGAAACAGAAUUAAAAGAAAGCGACCACUUCGACGAAGGAUAUCCGCCCCUUUCUACGUGGGAUUUAGUUCGUUGGACUUUGCAAAUAGCUCGGGGAAUGGAAUUUUUGUGCAGCAAAAAGGUUCUGCACGGUGAUUUGGCCGCCCGCAAUGUCCUUAUGGCCGAUCACGGAAUCAUCAAAGUGGCUGAUUUCGGUAUGGCAAGGAAGAUGUACGGAUAUUGUUAUGAGAAAAAGGAGGAGAGCUUAAUACCGAUCAAGUGGAUGGCCAUUGAAUCCAUUACGGAUCACAUCUUCUCCAGUCAAUCGGAUGUCUGGUCCUAUGGGAUUCUCUUGUGGGAAAUCUUCUCCCUCGGCAAAGUCCCAUACCCAGGAAUGAAUGGCAGAGUACUAAUGGAAGAUAUUCAAAAUGGAUAUCGAAUGACACCACCAGAAUAUUCUCCUAAUUUCUUUGCCAAAAUUAUGAAUAAUUGUUGGGAGGAAGAUUCAAAGGAAAGGCCAACAUUCUCCCAACUAUCAGAAAUGAUUAAAAAUUACGUCGAAUCUUUAGCCAGCAUCGAUUACUUAAACACAAAUUCCUCCUGUGAAAAUUGUGCCAUCACAGAGAUACUUGAUCCUACUCCGACCAGUCGUUUAGAAAUCGUGAAAUUUUUCAAUGCGACACGGCAAUCAGCUGACGUGAACUGUUCUAUUGGUUAUUCAGAAUUGUAAUAAAGGCCAACGUGUGACCGUGACCUGAUUUACUAUAUCCAAUAAACAGCCAUCACAAAAUUGUCUGAAUCUCUUCUGACGUAUUGGCAAAAAUACACAACCCUGUUCUAACUCAA